GGGUAGCGGGGCCGAUUAGUUUUUUUCCCGUAUGCAUGUCAAUGAUGAACCUAAGUUGGCGCCCCCAAGAAACGCUCGGAGGCCCAGUAUCAAGCACCACGAAGCCGUUUUCUGCUCCCUUUCCUCAGGACCUUUAAGCUCAGGCAUUUGCUCGCUACAGUAGAACUCUUAAUGCCCCCAAACUCUAUUGGAGACCAGCAACUGAUACUGACAAAAAUCUCCUCGAGAGGCUUCUCCUGUAAUGGCGCCUGCGUCAGACACUAACAUGGCGGAUUUAGUCGUGCGCGGCGCAAACGUCAGCACCUCUACCCCAGCCGCUCAGAAACAGCGGAGGAGAGCGGGGCCGUGCUCACUGAUUGGCCCGUUGGCGGAGCGUGCCGGCCCGACCGCUCCUCUUCGAGCCAAUGAGGGAGGCGACAAAAGGAAUUGGCCGCUGCGCCUCCUCCCGAGGCAUGCUGGGAGCCUGGAGGACUAGCGAGGAGGAGUUGAGAGAACGGAGCGGACGCCAUGGCGGCCGACAUCGAGCAGGUUUUUAGGUCUUUCGUGGUCAGUAAAUUCCGGGAAAUCCAACAGGAGCUUUCCAGUGGAAGGAGUGAAGGCCAGCUGAAUGGUGAAACAAAUACACCUAUUGAAGGAAACCAGGCAGGUGAUGCAGCUGCCUCUGCCAGGAGCCUACCAAAUGAAGAAAUAGUGCAGAAGAUAGAGGAAGUACUUUCUGGGGUCUUAGAUACAGAACUACGAUAUAAGCCAGACUUGAAAGAGGCCUCCAGGAAAAGUAGAUGUGUAUCUGUACAAACAGAUCCUACUGAUGAAAUUCCCACCAAAAAAUCAAAGAAGCAUAAAAAGCACAAAAACAAAAAGAAGAAAAAGAAGAAAGAAAAGGAAAAAAAAUAUAAAAGACAACCAGAAGAAUCUGAGUCAAAGCUGAAAUCUCAUCAUGAUGGGAACGUAGAUCUAGAAUCUGAUUCCUUUUUAAAGUUUGAUUCUGAACCUUCAGCGAUGGCACUGGAACAUCCUGUAAGAGCAUUUGGCCUAUCUGAGACCAGUGAAUCCCCUGCAGUUAUGCUAGAACCUCCAGUAGUAUCAAUGGAGGUAUCAGAGCCACACAUCUUAGAAACUCUGAAGCCAGCUACAAAAACUGCAGAACUGUCGGUUGGAUCUACAUCAAUAAUCUCAGAGCAGUCAGAGCAAUCUGUGUCAGUAAUGCUGGAACCAUCUGUGACAAAGAUUCUGGAUUCCUUUGCAACAGCAUCAGUGCCUCCUACAACAGUAGUGCUGAAGACAUCUGAGCCAGUUGUAACAAUGUCAGUAGAGUAUCAGAUGAAGACUGCAAUGAAAUCUUUGGAGAGCACCUCUCCAGAGCCAGCAAAGAUCAUGGUAGAGCCUCCCAUAGCGAAAGUACUAGAGCCAUCAGAAACCCUUGUGAUAGCAGAGACACCUACUGAGGUGCUCCCUGAACCAAGCACAUCAACAACAAUGGAUUUUCCAGAGUCAUCUGCAACUGACGUGCUAAGAUUGCCAGAGCAGCCUGUAGAAGUACCAUCGGAGAUUGCAGAUUCAUCUAUGACAAGACUGCAGGAGUCGCUGGAGCUGUCUAAGACCACAACGAUGGAGCCGCUGGAGUCGUCGGUGGCCUCGGCGCUGGAGUUGCCGGGGCCACCUGCAACCUCCAUGCUGGAGUUGCAGGGGCCCCCUGUGACUCCAGUGCUGGAGUUACCUGGGCCCUCUGCUACCCCAGUGCCAGAGUUGUCAGGGCCCCUUUCUGCCCCAGUGCCUGAAUUGCCAGGGCCCCCUGCGACAGCCGUGCCUGAGUUGCCGGGGCCCUCUGUGACAACAGUGCCACAGUUGUCGCAGGAAUUGCCAGGGCCUCCAGCACCAUCCAUGGGGUUGGAGCCACCACAGGAGGUACCAGAGCCACCUGUGAUGGCACAGGAGUUGCCAGGGCUGCCUGCAGUGCCAGCAGCAGUAGAGUUGCCAGGGCAGCCUGCGGUAACAGUAGCAAUGGAGUUGACCGAACAACCUGUGACGGCGACAGAGUUCGAGCAGCCUGUGGGAAUGACAACGGUGGAACAUCCCGGGCAUCCUGAGGUGACAACGGCUACAGGGUUGCUGGGGCAGCCUGAGGCAACAAUGGUGCUGGAGUUGCCAGGACAGCCAGUGGCAACAACAGCGCUGGAGUUGCCUGGGCAGCCUUCGGUGACUGGAGUGCCAGAGUUGUCAGGCCUGUCUUCGGCAACUAGGGCACUGGAGUUGUCGGGGCAGUCUGUGGCAACUGGGGCACUAGAGUUGCCUGGGCAGCUCAUGGCAACUGGGGCACUGGAGUUCUCAGGGCAGUCUGGGGCAGCAGGAGCACUGGAGCUUUUGGGGCAGCCUCUGGCAACAGGGGUGCUGGAGUUGCCAGGGCAGCCUGGGGCGCCAGAGUUGCCUGGGCAACCUGUGGCAACUGUGGCGCUGGAGAUCUCUGUUCAGUCUGUGGUGACAACAUCGGAGCUGUCAACGAUGACCGUGUCGCAGUCCCUGGAGGUGCCCUCGACGACAGCGCUGGAAUCCUAUAAUACGGUAGCACAGGAGCUGCCUACUACAUUAGUGGGGGAGACUUCUGUAACAGUAGGAGUGGAUCCCUUGAUGGCCCAAGAAUCCCAUAUGUUAGCUUCUAACACCAUGGAAACCCAUAUGUUAGCAUCCAACACUAUGGAUUCCCAGAUGCUAGCGUCCAACGCCAUGGAUUCCCAGAUGCUAGCGUCCAACGCCAUGGAUUCCCAGAUGCUAGCCUCUAGUACCAUGGACUCCCAGAUGUUAGCAACUAGCUCCAUGGACUCCCAGAUGUUAGCAACUAGCUCCAUGGACUCCCAGAUGUUAGCAACUAGCACUAUGGACUCCCAGAUGUUAGCAACCAGCUCCAUGGACUCUCAGAUGUUAGCAACCAGCUCCAUGGACUCUCAGAUGUUAGCAACCAGCUCCAUGGACUCCCAGAUGUUAGCAACCAGCUCCAUGGACUCCCAGAUGUUAGCAACCAGCACCAUGGACUCUCAGAUGUUAGCAACUAGCUCUAUGGAUUCUCAGAUGUUAGCAUCUGGCACCAUGGAUUCUCAGAUGUUAGCUUCUGGUACCAUGGAUGCUCAGAUGUUAGCGUCAGGUACCAUGGAUGCCCAGAUGUUAGCGUCUAGCACCCAAGAUUCUGCUAUGUUGGGUUCAAAAUCUCCUGAUCCCUAUAGGUUAGCUCAGGAUCCUUACAGGUUAGCUCAGGAUCCCUAUAGGUUGGGCCAUGACCCGUACAGAUUAGGUCAUGAUGCCUAUAGGUUAGGACAGGACCCCUAUAGAUUAGGCCAUGAUCCUUACAGACUAACUCCUGAUCCUUACAGGAUGUCACCUAGACCCUAUAGAAUAGCUCCCAGGUCCUAUAGAAUAGCACCUAGGCCAUAUAGGUUAGCACCUAGGCCCUUGAUGUUAGCAUCUAGACGUUCUAUGAUGAUGUCCUAUGCUGCAGAACGUUCCAUGAUGUCAUCUUAUGAACGCUCUAUGAUGUCUUACGAGCGGUCUAUGAUGUCCCCUAUGGCUGAGCGCUCUAUGAUGUCAGCCUAUGAGCGCUCCAUGAUGUCAGCCUAUGAGCGCUCCAUGAUGUCUCCUAUGGCUGAGCGCUCCAUGAUGUCAGCUUAUGAGCGCUCCAUGAUGUCAGCUUAUGAGCGCUCCAUGAUGUCCCCUAUGGCUGAUCGAUCUAUGAUGUCCAUGGGUGCUGACCGGUCUAUGAUGUCAUCCUACUCUGCUGCUGACCGGUCUAUGAUGUCAUCGUACUCUGCAGCUGACCGAUCCAUGAUGUCAUCUUAUACUGAUCGCUCAAUGAUGUCUAUGGCAGCUGAUUCUUACACUGAUUCUUACACUGAUACAUAUACAGAGGCAUAUAUGGUGCCACCUUUGCCUCCUGAAGAGCCCCCAACAAUGCCACCAUUGCCACCUGAGGAACCACCAAUGACACCACCAUUGCCUCCUGAGGAACCACCAGAGGGUCCAGCAUUAUCUACUGAGCAGACAGCAUUAACAGGUGAAAAUACUUGGCCUACAGAGGUGUCAGCAUUACCUCCUGAAGAGUCUGUAUCACAGCCUACUGUGAGUCAAAGUGAAAUUUCAGAGCCUUCAGCUGUACCUGCUAAUUAUUCAGUGUCAGCUUUAGAGCCCUCAGUGUUAGCAUCAGAGUCUGCUGUGACUGUUCCAGAACCACCACGAGAACCAGAGUCUUCAGUUACAUCAACACCUGUUGAGUCAACAAUACUAGCAGAAAAUGAAAUUAUUCCAGAGAGACCAAUGACUUGCAUGCUGUCUGAAACUUCUGUGUCAACUGAACCAACUAUGUUAACAUCGGAGCCUCCUAUUAUGUCAGAAACCACAGAAACAUUUGAUUCCAUGAGAGCUCCAGGACAUGUUGCCUCAGGGGUAUCUGUGUCCCUGCUGGGGCCAGCAGUAACUAUUCCAGAGCCAACAGAGAGCAUUCUGGAGCUGCCAACCAUGGCUGUCCCAGAGCCUCCAGCCAUGGCCGACCUAGAGCCUCCAGCUGUGGCCGGCCCAGAGCCUUCUGCUGUGGCUGUCCCAGAACCACCAGCUGUGGCUGAGCCAGAGCAUGUUAUCAUUCCUGUGUCAGUUUCUGCCCUGGAGCCUACUGUGCCUGUCAUGGAACCAGCAGUGUCAGUCCUUCAACCUGCUGUGGUUGUUUCAGAACCAAGUGUUGCUAUCCAAGAAUCUACUGUGACCAUUUCAGAGCCUGCUGUCACUGUCCCAGAGCCGACUCAAAUGAUACCAGCUGAGAUGGCAUUAGAGCCUGCACCAAUGAUGGUGGAGUCUAGUAUUAUAUCAUCAUAUGUUACUAAAAGGAUGAAUUUACCAUCUGGUGAACAAAAUCUUACUCCAGAUGUUGGCAUGCAGGAGAUUCCCCCAUAUUCAGGUGACCAGCCACAUGCUGAAGGACACCUAAAAUGUGACUCUUACGAAAGUGAACGUGGUGUAAAUACAGACCUUACUAUAAAUAAUCAUUUGAUUGCUAAAGAGGUAGAACAUAACAUAGUGUCUGCUGUUAGCACUGGUCUGGUUGUUGAAACUAGUGAAGAGAAAAUUUUGCCUAUCAAUGAGACUAAACAAUGUACAGUAUUGGAUACCUGCCCUGGUAUUAGUGAAGCUGAUGUAGGAGGAACUCUAUCUUCUACUGGUCCUUUUGCUCUGGAAUCUGAUGUAAUGGGAACUAGUAAGGGUAUUGAGUUUGCUACAGAAUGUGCUGUCAGUUCAGUUAAUAACUAUGAUGUUGAAGUAUCCUUAACUACUCAAGAUACUGAACAUGACAUGGUAAUUUCCACCAGCCCCAGUGGCGGUAGUGAAGCUGAUAUAGAGGGACCUUUGCCUGCUAAAGACAUUCAUCUUGAUUUACCAUUGGAUAAUCUUGGUAAGGAUACAGAAGAACCAUUAUCUGUAAAAGACAGUGACCAGACAUUUGAGAUUGCUCUCAGCCCUAAAGAAAGCAGUGGGGAAGAUAAAGAGGCACAUCUCCCUACUAAAGAAAUGAUGUCUGAUUCAGGAUUUUCUGCCAGCAUUGAUGAAAUUAAUGAAGCAGACUUAGUGAGACCAUUACUUCCUAAGGACAUGGAACGUCUUACAAACCUGAGGGCUGGUAUUGAAGGACCUUUACUUGCAAGUGAAGCUGAACGUGACAAAUUGGCUGCCAGUCCAGUUGUAGUAAGUGUACCAGAAAGAGCAUCAGAAUCUUCUUCAGAGGAAAAAGAUGACUAUGAGAUUUUUGUAAAAGUUAAGGACACACAUGAAAAAAGCAAGAAAAAUAAGAACCGUGACAAAGGCGAGAAAGAGAAGAAAAGAGACUCUUCAUUAAGAUCUCGGAGUAAGCGGUCCAAGUCUUCUGAACACAAGUCCCGCAAGCGUACCAGUGAGUCUCGUUCUAGGGCAAGAAAGAGAUCAUCUAAGUCAAAGUCUCAUCGUUCUCAAACGCGGUCCCGGUCCCGUUCAAGACGUCGGAGAAGGAGCAGCAGGUCAAGAUCAAAGUCUAGAGGAAGGCGAUCUGUAUCAAAAGAGAAGCGCAAAAGAUCGCCAAAGCACAGAUCCAAGUCCAGGGAAAGAAAAAGGAAAAGAUCAAGUUCCCGGGAUAACCGGAAAACAACAAGAGCUCGGAGUCGAACCCCAAGUCGUCGGAGUAGGAGUCAUACUCCCAGUCGACGAAGAAGGUCCAGAUCUGUAGGUAGGAGGAGGAGUUUUAGCAUUUCUCCAAGCCGGCGUAGUCGCACACCCAGCCGGCGUAGUCGCACGCCCAGCCGCAGGAGCCGCACGCCCAGCCGCAGGAGCCGUACACCCAGCCGCAGGAGCCGCACCCCCAGCCGCAGGAGCCGUACACCCAGCCGCAGGAGAAGAUCGAGGUCUGUGGUAAGAAGACGAAGUUUCAGUAUCUCACCAGUCAGAUUAAGACGAUCAAGAACACCCUUGAGAAGAAGGUUUAGUAGAUCUCCUAUCCGCCGUAAAAGAUCCAGAUCUUCUGAAAGAGGCAGAUCACCCAAACGUCUAACAGAUUUGGAUAAGGCUCAAUUACUUGAAAUAGCCAAAGCUAACGCAGCUGCCAUGUGUGCUAAGGCUGGUGUUCCUUUACCGCCAAAUCUAAAGCCUGCACCUCCACCUACAAUAGAAGAGAAAGUUGCUAAAAAGUCAGGAGGAGCUACUAUAGAAGAACUAACUGAGAAAUGCAAACAGAUUGCACAGAGUAAAGAAGAUGAUGAUGUAAUAGUGAAUAAACCUCAUGUUUCGGAUGAAGAGGAAGAAGAACCUCCUUUUUAUCAUCAUCCCUUUAAACUCAGUGAACCCAAGCCCAUUUUUUUCAAUUUAAAUAUUGCUGCAGCAAAGCCAACUCCACCAAAAAGUCAGGUAACAUUAACAAAGGAAUUUCCUGUGUCAUCUGGAUCACAACACCGAAAAAAAGAAGCAGAUAGUGUUUAUGGAGAGUGGGUUCCUGUAGAGAAAAAUGGUGAAGAAAACAAAGAUGAUGAUAAUGUUUUCAGCAGCAAUUUGCCAUCGGAGCCUGUGGACAUCUCUACAGCGAUGAGUGAGCGGGCACUUGCUCAGAAAAGACUCAGUGAGAACGCAUUUGACCUCGAAGCCAUGAGCAUGUUAAAUCGAGCUCAAGAACGGAUUGAUGCCUGGGCUCAGCUGAAUUCUAUUCCUGGCCAGUUCACAGGAAGUACCGGAGUACAGGUUCUGACACAAGAACAGCUGGCCAAUACUGGUGCCCAAGCCUGGAUUAAAAAGGAUCAGUUCUUAAGAGCAGCCCCGGUAACCGGAGGAAUGGGAGCCGUUUUGAUGAGAAAAAUGGGCUGGAGAGAAGGAGAAGGAUUAGGAAAAAACAAAGAAGGAAAUAAGGAGCCUAUCCUUGUUGAUUUUAAGACAGACCGAAAAGGUCUUGUUGCGGUAGGAGAAAGAGCCCAAAAGAGAUCUGGGAACUUCUCUGCCGCAAUGAAAGACCUGUCAGGCAAGCAUCCUGUGUCUGCCUUGAUGGAGAUCUGUAAUAAGAGAAGGUGGCAACCACCUGAAUUUCUCUUGGUCCAUGAUAGUGGCCCUGAUCAUCGCAAACAUUUUCUCUUUAGGGUAUUGAUAAAUGGAAGCGCUUACCAGCCCAGCUUUGCCAGCCCUAAUAAGAAGCAUGCUAAAGCCACAGCAGCUACUGUGGUUCUUCAAGCAAUGGGCCUUGUACCAAAGGACCUCAUGGCUAAUGCCACUUGCUUCAGGAGUGCCUCACGUAGAUAGAUUGAGGUUUUAUAUUAAUCAUUUCAGAUAAUUUUACUCCGCAUCACAAUGUAUUUCCUCUUUAAUGUUGUAAAUAUUUGGCAAUUUAAGACAUUGUGUAAAAAGCAAUCUGUACAAACAUCUCCAGGCUUUGAUUUUUGUACCAUGGAAAUUGUAUUUAACCAUACAGGGUUUUGGUAUGUUUAUAUUGUUUACCUUAGUGAUGUAUUUGUUUAAGUGGCUAACAUCCAAACAAUUGUUUGAAGGCAUCAGUAAUCUUCAGUGUGGAAUGUUAAACAACGCUUUUAUACUGUAUUUUGUACUAUGAUGUAACUCCCUUUCCUUAUGGCUAGGCUGUUGUAACACUUGCCUGUAAUCAGUGAAGGGCUGUGCACCUUGUACUAUUUCACAAUGGGUUCUGCUGGACAGAUAACUGGGCUAGUGCUAUUGAGGUAGUCAAGAUCUGCUCCACAAGGCUAGUGCCACCAUCUCCCCUUAAAAUUUUGUAGAGGUUACAAAAAGAAAGCUAUGUUGUGUAUGAUCAACAGGAAAGUCCUGCGUUCCCAUUAAAGCCACUUGGGUCAUAAGAAGGGAGUCAAAAUGAAGUCCGAAUAGAAUUCUGCAGAGGCCAAGUACAUUUAGUAUGGCUUGAGUUGUGAUAUAGUUUUACUUUGAUGUGCAUUUUGAAUUUCAGCUACACCUAGGUAGACAUAAAUGAUAAUUAAAAUGCUGUAACCAACUUAUCUAAUAAAAUUGGCAACCAGCCACUAUUUUGUUGACUAUGAGAAAGUUUAAGUUUAUGUUAAUUUUUAGGGUCUGAUAGAGUAUUUCAUGUGUAUUACAGUGGUAUUCAUAUGCUGUCUCUCUAAACUUAUUUUCAAAAGCUUAAGGCCCAAAUACAAACUUCUCUGGAAUAAA